AUGAACGCGCACGCUGCAAACGAUUGCUCCCCAUUACCUCUUCCCGCCUCCCCGUUUCCCCUUCCCGCCUCCCCAAUUCCCCUUCCCGACACCCCAUUUCCUCUUCCCGCUCCCCAUUACCCCUUCGCGCCUCCUCGUUUCCCCUUCCCGCUCCCCAUUACCCCUUCCUGCCUCUGCAAUUCCCCUUCCCGCCACCCCAUUUCCUCUUCUCGCUCCCCAUUAUCCCUUCCCGCCUCCUCGUUUCCCCUUCCCGCUCCCCAUUACCCUUUCCCGCCUCCCCAAUUCCCCUUCCCGCUCCCCAUUACCCCUUCCCGCCUCCCCAAUUCCCCUUCCCGCUCCCCAUUACCCCUUCUCGCCUCCCCAAUUCCCCUUCCCGCUCCCCAUUACCCCUUCCCUCCUCCCCGUGACCCCUUCCCGCUUCCCCAUUACCCCUUCCCACUCCCCAUUUCCCCUUCCCGCCUCCCCAAUUCCCCUUCCCGCCUCCCCGCUUCCCCUUCCCACUCCCGAUUAUCCCUUCUCGCCUCCCUUCUCAAACUGCCGAACACACAUCACAGUCGCCGCCCGAUCGCACAGCCUCGCUACCACCCCCUCAUCCCCCCCUUUCUCCCUCUCAUCUCCCCCCCUGCUCCCUGUCAUGUCCCCACCUUCUCUCUCAUGUCACCCCCUUCUCCCGCUCAUUCCCCCCCAUUCUCCCUCUCAUUUCUUCCCCUUCCCCCUCUUAUAUCUCCCCCUACUCCCUCUCAUUCCCCCCAUGAAGCCCCUCAUUCCCCCCCUUUCUCCCUCUCAUCCUCCCCCCUGCUCACUGUUAUGUCCCCCCUUCUCUCGCUCAUGUACCCCCCUUCUUCCUCUCAUUUCCCCCCCUUAUCCCUCUCAUUCUCCCCCCUGCUCCUUCUCAUUCCCCCCUUAACCACUCAGUUAAAUGCCACAUAA